AGUAAAGAUACCAGGAGACGGAUAUGGUAACUCAGUUGUCGGGGCCACUGUGGCAGAUACCGUGGUCGCGCGUGGUACUGUGCUCCGGUCGGAUUACACCCCACCAGGCUUGUCCCUGCUGCCGCCAGUUUAAGAGUCGCUGGCAGCAUUCACUGAUCCCACAGCGCCUCCUGUGGGGCGCCUUCUGUGGGAGGAGCGGGCCGGGGAGUGGAUAUCGCGUCCGGCCGAAACAGAGGCGGAGUGCCAUUGGAGACGAGGAAGACCAUGCAGGAGCGGUUGCACACGUCGGAGAAGAAGGGUGGCCGUGUUGGAUGGGUGUUCUCACCUGUGUGAAGCCUUCCACUCUGCCGCCUCGCCGCCCCCCGACACCCAGCAGCGCUACACACGCUGAGUAUGAUCAAGUGUCACAAAUUCUUUUAACCGCUGAUGCGUUAUUCUCCUGUGUGCGGGUGUCGUCGUUACGCUUGGUAGCGAGGCGCCACGCUGGAUGGCGGGAGGAAUGGUUGUGUGGUCGGUUCCUUGGUCAAGAUGAAGAAGCAGGAAGGUUGCGUGUUGCGUCAGAUGAUGUGGAUGCUGCUCUUCUCUCCUUGGAUGAUACAGCCGGGAGAUAGCAGUCAGGCCGGGACGUGUCCGUGUGACAGGUUGAUGAUGGCUAAGACCCAAGUGCCCUUACCCGACGACACCAUCGGGGCCUCCAGGAGCGGCAACAUCAACUGCUGCGUGGCCCACUUCCUGGGCUACCCCGACCGCUCCGCCUCCGUACUGUGGUCGUUUAAAGGAGAGAAUUUCCCAUGGUCGCAGGAGAUCAGCACCUUCAGGAAGCACCCAUGUUAUCCGGAGACGUUGGAGACCAACGGCGCUCUACCUACAGACAUGGGCAAUUACACCUGCACCGUUACCUCCUCUAAUGGCACCAUCGUCACCAAAACCAUGCAACUAGAUAUAGAAGACAACACCGACUACCGGGAGGCGCCGAUGGGCUCCCUGAUGUCCAGCGACACACUGGCCACGCUGGGCGCCAACGUCAGCUUCACCUGCGAGGCCUUCGUUGGCAGUUCUCCUGGAGCUUUCAAUCCCAGUGUGGUGUGGACUAAGUUCUUCCCGAACGGCUCCGUACACACCUGGGCCAAGGUCCUGCCCAACGUCAAACUCCGCACCUUCUCCGACAAGAAAGGUAUGCUGACGAGUCAGCUGACCAUCAGGGGCGUGAAGGCUGUGCACUUCGGCUCGUACAACUGCAGCAUCACCAACUCCUACGGCGCCCUGAAAAGGAAUGUCAAGCUCACCGAAGGAGUUCCACCAACACACGUGAUCAUGGAGCAGUACAAGGCGGCAGUGGUGGCGACAGUGGCGGUGGUGGCAGUCAUGGUGGUGGCACUCUGCGUCUGGUGCCGCUGUCGCCUCCAGAUGGCACUCUACUGGCGCCACAGAACCUCAAGGGUCAAGGACGGGUACCAGUACGACGUGUUCGUGGUCCACGGGGAGUCGGCGUCGUGCUGGGUGUGGUCGGUGCUACUGCCGGCGCUCGAGGACACUUGCGGCUACACCUGCUUCCUCCCGCAGCGGGACAUGUGCGGUGGCGACCAAGUGGCCGAGUCCAUGCUGGGUGCGAUCUCCCGGUGCCGUCGCGUGGUGGUGGUGGUGUCGCCGUGUCUCCUGGCCAGCCCCUGGGCCGUGUGGGCCACCUACAGCGGUAUCCACGCCGCCCUCACCUCCCCCGUCAGGAUCCUGGCUCUCCUCCUGCAGGAAGUGACGAUACAGGCGAACUCACCGGAGAAAAACACCUUAAUUGGGAUCCUGAAGGUGGUAAGGAAGGUGCGAGUGCCAGUUGUGUGUGGUUGGCAGCCGGCAGACGGAGAGGAGAGCCGCCUGGACGACGCCGUAGCCAUCAGACUGGAGGGCAAGGACCCGCACCGGGAACUGAAGCUCGAUAUCCCGGAGAAUAAAGUCGAGGUCACCUGGUCCAACUCCCCGAAGAGUCAGCGACUGUCCAAUAUGAUCACCGGGAGCAACGCCGCCUCCAGGGAGGACCUUGAGGCCGACAAAGACAAAAAGACGGAGGUCGGAGGGACCGUCAUCUAUACUGAGGGGGAUUUUGGGCUGCAGGACCCGGGUUCUCCUUGCUCCGUCACUCCCUUUAUUUUGGCCCCUUGCAGGAGGACCCGCGCCGCCUCCUUCACCGUGUGUCAGUCCUUGUGUAGGUGCAUGCAGGUGGUGUGUGUGGGAGACCGAGAGCAGCAGUUCUGGCAGACGGUCCGCCUUCGCCUGGGCCCUCCCUCCCUCCGGAACCUGGACACCACAGCCUCCUACAGGGCCUGAGGAAGGAGCCGAUGGCGGAUCUCGCGAGCGGUGUAGGGAAUUUCGGGGAAGGAAAUUCGACUGUCAUCUGGAUAUGUUUUGAUUCCUGUCUUGGUCAAUUUUCUUCGCUUCUCAGCUCUCCCUCUGCGACUGGGCGUCUCGGCUCUGAAUCUGUAACUGACUGGAGUAAAUUCAGAUUCCUGAGCUAAAGUAAGAUUCAGAAUGUAAACAGAAUGGUGUGUAAACAGUUCCAGUGCUAAUUCUGGUUAUUUAACCAGAAUUAGCACUGGAAUUAACCAGAACUCGAGAAUACAUGAACACAGAACACUGAACAAAUGUUUUUGUUCAAAUGUUUUUUUGUUCAAUCACAGCAUCUGGCAUGCACAGUUUACGUCUGAAAGAAUACAAGUCUAUUAAUUAGUAUAUUAAUUGAUAUUUAUGUAUGCACUUGCUACUUGCUUUGACCAUUGAAGUGAAAGUCAGUGAGAUUCUCUAAUAUAAAUUUAUCUAAUACAUUUAGGAGACAAAUUGAAAGUGAACAUACGAAGCCUGCAAUAGUGAGAUAAAUAUGAUUCAUUGCCUAUCACAUUCUUGGGGUAGUAUCUGCCAUGGACAACAAUUAAGCACGUCAUUGCAUAUUUCACCUUCAUUCACAGCAUCUGUCACCUUCAUUCACAGCAUCUGUCACCUUCAUUCACAGCAUCUGUCAUCUUCAUUCACAGCAUCUAUCACCUUCAUUCACAGCAUCUAUCACCUUCAUUCACAGCAUCUGUCACCUUCAUUCACAGCAUCUAUCACCUUCAUUCACACCAUCUAUCACCUUCAUUCACAGCAUCUGUCACCUUCAUUCACAGCAUCUGUCAUCUUCAUUCACAGCAUCUGUCAUCUUCAUUCACAGCAUCUGUCAUCUUCAUUCACAGCUUAUAUUAUCUUCAGUCGCAGCAUCUGUAUGAAAUUCGCUUGUAAAACCCCCCUGCAAAUGUUGCAGAAAAACAAUACAUUCACUUCUAAGUUACGAGACUUCGAUCUAAGUUACUAAGACUUCUAAAUUACGAGACUUCGAUCUAAGUUACUAAGACUUCUAAGUUACGAGACUUCGAUCUAAGUUACUAAUACUUCUAAGUUACGAGACUUCGAGCCUCCCUUUCCGCUUCUUCUCCCCCUUCCUUCUUGUAUGUGAAGAUAUAUAACGAAUAAGAUGUAGUCAGUGCUUAAACAAUACAUAAACACAUCAGGGUUAUAUUGUCAUGCUAGUUUGCUGAAUCUAUUCUCACAUUUAAGCUUCUUGAUGUUUUUUAUACAAAAUUAAUGCACAAAAGCUGUGGUAGGAAAAUUAUUCUUUUCGCAGUCAUUAUUUGCAGGUCUCAAGUGCUCAUUUCUCUCCCCCCCCCCC